AGACCCUGAGUGAAGAGGCUGUGCUCGUACUGUGUAGCGUACGAGCACUCAUGGCAGUGUAAAAAUCGGGUCUCUUUCAACGGGGGAAAAGAAAACCAGCCUGACAUUACGUUCCACCUUCGCUGAGCUGACGGCGCUGAAAAAAAAAGUUCCUGAAUCAGCCACCCUGGGGCGUGGCACAUGACGCAGCCUUCCACCCUCCCAGCGCUCCGCCUUUACACGUCCCGCCCGCUCUCUGGCGCUCCCACUGGAAGAGAGUUCCUAAGUGUCGUGAACGUCAACCAAGUGGUCGACUCAUGGCUGCUAAACAGAGAUAGUGUUCGGUUGUCGGACCAAUGACUCACGGGGAGUGAAUUCCAAAGGGCUUCGCAUCGGAGCCAUCAGUUGGGACAUCAUGAACUCAUGCCGUUUCGAGAACUACGCGUACGACGGAGCGACCCUUUUUCCGCCGGAGUAUGGUACACUUCAGCCCAUGUCUCAUGGAUCGCCUCUCGAACAGGACGCUUUACGUAUUGCCAACGAACAGCAAAGCAGCGACGGUUCCAGCGAAUCGUCCCCGGGCCGUUGGGGUUCGUCGCUCAAACGGCUCGCCAAAGAAAACGAUCCAGAGCUGGCUUAUCACAGCGGCAGCAGUGGCUGCCAGCAAGGAGUGGGUGCCGUGAUUAACCAGUACUGUGCAAUCUGCGGAGACAGAGCUACUGGCAAGCACUAUGGAGCUGCCAGUUGUGAUGGCUGCAAAGGCUUCUUCCGCAGAAGCGUGCGCAAGAACCACGUCUACUCUUGUCGAUUCAACCGUAGUUGUGUCGUCGACAAGGACAAGCGCAACCAAUGCCGUUAUUGUCGCCUCAAAAAGUGCUUCCGAGCGGGCAUGAAGAAGGAAGCGGUCCAGAACGAACGUGAUCGGAUCAGUUGUCGAAGGCCUAGCUACGAUGACUCCAUCAACACGUCCGGGCUGUCUGUCAACAAUCUACUCAACGCAGAAAUGUACUCAAGAAACAUGGACUCGUGCUCGGUUUCACUGCAACUUCCCCAGUUUGAUCUGCUACUUGAUAAUGACGAACGCGGAGAACGAUGGGCAAGGGCAGCAGGCUGUCAGAUCAGUGCCCCUGUGGACGACGUAAAUAUCACCAACAAGAAAGUUGCCAACAUUGCGGACGUGUGCGAAUCUAUGAAGCAGCAGUUACUGAUUCUCGUCGACUGGGCAAAGUCCGUUCCGUCCUUCACGGAGUUGCCCCUGGAUGACCAGGUGGCUCUGUUGCGCGCUCAUGCUGGAGAACACCUGCUCCUGGGACUGGCUAGACGUUCCAUGCACAUCAAGAACAUGCUGCUGCUUGGUAACGACUUUGUCAUCCCCCGUGUGUCCUCAGAAGUAGAAAUCAGCAGGAUCGGAGCCCGUAUCAUGGACGAACUUGUGGCUACUCUUCAGGAGGUCCAUAUCGACGACACUGAAUUCGCCUGCCUUCGAGCCAUCGUAUUUUUCGACCCACACACAAAAGGCCUGAGUGAGCCGCAGAAGAUAAAGGCCCUGCGGUAUCAAGUGCAGACCAACCUGGAAGACUAUAUCAACGACCGACAGUACGAUUCCAGAGGUCGCUUUGGCGAAAUCAUGCUUCUACUCCCAACGCUGCAGAGCAUCACUUGGCAAAUGAUCGAGCAGAUCCAAUUCGCAAAAUUGUUUGGAAUGGCGAAGGUCGAUAACUUGCUGCAAGAGAUGCUGCUUGGAGGCAUGGUAGGACCGCAGGCAUUCUACAAUCAAGGAACGUCUCCCGAAUGCCAAGCCACCAUAUCGGCCAUGAUCCCGCAGCCCACUACAUCGAGCGCUAUUCACCAGUCGAUACUUCAGAGCACUGCUGGACUGGAUGGCAUGGUCAAUGGCCAUCAAGGCGCUGGUUCUGAAGGAGAAGCCCUCAACGGCCAUCACCCGGACACACCAAUCCCUUCACCUCCUGAUUCGGCAAACUACAAGUCAAUGCAAGAAGUCAGCGGAGGAGGAGUUCAAGCGUUCAAAACGGAGGUCCUCGAGCCAGAAACGAGCUAUUGAAUCAUGGCCCACCCUAGUAUUAUCUACAGUCUUUCUGACUUUGCAGGCAUCUUUGUUUCACGCGAAGAUGAUUGCCUACCAAGGUCUCCCGUCCCUUCCUAAUUAUUACUGUAUUCUCGUCCUGUAAAUAUGUCUCAUUUAUUGAGUAGUGUGACUGACGUAUCCACAAUUUCAAACAUAAGGAAUCAUCCCAAAAUUACGUCUAGAAGGGUUGACGUCCGUAAGGAAGGAACGAAAAGGAUACAGCAGGGACCGCGUCAGUGAAUAUAUGAGAAAUUUCGUGACGAGCCGUGUCGGACACACGACACCCAUCAUCACUGCGUGUGUCCUUCCAGCUUUCAUGGCAUAUUCUGCGCGUUUGUCUGAUAUGUGCACGAUGUUCUGAUAUCAUAGAUGAAGUGAACACUACUGAUGAAUUUUUGACUGACUAAAGUGAGCCACAAAAACAAAAGAGGACGCUGUAAUCUUUGGGAAACUUUCCCACUCUCGGUGUCGCACCCGCCCGUCCGCAAAGCCAGCGAAGGGAACGGGACAUGCAGCCAAUUCAACAAACAACCAAAGUACCAGGGAAAAGUUCAUCAAGUCCCUUCCCAGCUUCCCAGCAAGGGCCAGACGGGCCAGCACGACCCCGAGAGUGGGAAUGGUUCCCACAAAUCGUAUGUAGAUAUACUAUUUCAGGUUCAUUUCGUCUAGAUAAAACACAUUCGCAACCUAAGCAACGGUGUUCUAAAAACAUAAAUAAAAAAAAAAAAAAGAAACGCGGAAGUCAUUUUCUUCACAAUGUGGUUACCCAUCGGCAGAUCGUAAAUGGCGAAAGGGUUGAGGAAAUGGUGAAAGGGUUGAGGGGAGAGGGAUUGUGAGUGAUCGGCUCUUCUAAUUAGGGGAACAAGGGCUCGAGAGUGCACCGAAAAACGUCCUGGAUAUCAUGUUUGGAUAAACCCAUGGAAGAUCGUAGGACACCUCCUUCAGCUCCAUGGCCGUAAUCGCGGAUAGUAGUCAUCGUGAGCCUGUUUGUUUCCGCACCGCUUUAUACAAUGCGUCUAGCCAAUGUAUGAAGUAACAAUGGACUUAUCCUAUAAGCUGCCAUUUGGCGACGAGUUGUUCUGAAGUGCUACUUCCUGUCCGCUACUCACGUUUACAGCCGAUCUGGUGUACGCUGCAAUAACUGACCAUAUUCGGGAGAUAGGGUAGUGCCCAAAGCACUUCGAUUCUUCUUGUACAGAUAUAAUUAAUGUAAUGGCAGUUUUUGCGUCUCUGUUGCCUGGCGGUUGUUUGCGCAAGACGGAUGGGAACACGUCACGUGAUUUGCAUGGGAGAGCGUACCAUUCACACGUAUCAUUCCGCUGCUAUGAUUGGGCAUGAUAUAAUUUGUACUUAAUACCUGUAUGAAGAUAAGGAGGUUUAGGAGCAUUAUUUUUAAACACUGCUAUUUACACUACGACUCAUGAGUCACGCAUUUCGAAGGGGCAACACAUGUAUUAUUUAUUUUAUCAAUGUUGUUUCAAGAAACAUAAACCUAGUGUUGCGGUGCAUGAAACUUUAUGAAGUUGCAUCACACCAUAAAUCUGCGAGGGCUGUAACCGCCCAAGAGUUUGUACAUACCAUAGUCCUUAAUGUUAUCGUUGAUACCCUAUUUACCAUGCAUCAACAGUUAGCACUUGUGUUGUUACCUGUUUGCGCCGCUUUUGCUGUUUCGUAUAAUAGUCCGAAUAAAGCUUUUAUAACUUUUC